GGGUCGUCGCCUAGACGCGCAAAUGGCGGCGCGCUCCAGAAGCUGGGGUAGCGACGGCCACUGGAAGCGGCUCGCCUUCAAGAACCUGUCCAUCUUCCGGGACCGGGGCGAAGACGAGGAGGAGUGCGGUGGCUGCGUUCGCCUCUCGCUGCCGGACGUGCACAUGGACGACGCCGGCGGCGGAGACGGGCCUUCCGCCAGGCUCCGGCGCUCGCCGCUGGUGGCCCGCGCCAAGUCGGUGGACGCCCGCGCCAUGCCGCUGCUCGUCCACCGGCUCUCCAUAUCGGCCGAGCGGCGCACCCCGUCGCCCGAGACGCUGCCCGAGCCGACGUCGCCUCGGCCGCGCUCCCUCUCGCCCCUACUCUCGCCCGCGCCCCACGCCCAGGACCCGGCCAGUCCCAUCGGCGGAAUCCAGCCGGACCUGUACCGCAAGAAGGAGGCGGUGUUCUUCCAGUCUCGCGACGUCUCGUCCCACUCCGCUUCAGCCACCUUGGCCGCCCCGACACACGCCGGAAGGCUCCACUUCCGGCUCAAGUACGACUUCGACAAGUCCGACCUCGUCGUGCACGUCAUCGAAGCCAUGGAACUGGGUGGGCCCCGGAUGGACCAGCAGGGAGGCGGCGGGGGCUUCGGCGAGCCGUGCGUGCGAGUGGCGCUGCUGCCCGAGGUGGACAGCAAGCAGCGGCAGGCGCUGAUGCGGCGCCGCUCUACGGACCCACUCUUCGACGAGACCUUCAAGUUCCCCGUCUCGUUCGACGACGUUCCCGCCAGGACGCUGCUCUUCCAGGUGCGGCCAGUCUUGACCCAUGCGUAG